CUCGCCCGCACCGGGCUCCUGCUCCUGUCGACGUGGGUCCUCGCGGGCGCCGAGAUCGCUUGGGGCACGACGGGCGGUCCCAGGCACCUCCGGGCUGCGGGUUCGCGGCCACCGGCGCUUCCUCUCCUCUUGCCGCGGGCAGUGGCGAGCCAGUGGCCGGAGGAGCCGGCGACCGCGCGGAGAGCAGCUUCGCCGGAGCGCCUGCCAGGCGGCGAGAUGCGGGCGGAAGCCGCGGGGACGUCGCCUCCAGGCGCGCCGUGGGUCCAGGGCGUCCCGGCACCCGGCAAGCUGGGCGGCGCGAGGAGGAGUCGCCGGGCGCAGCCCCCCAGCGCCCUGGAGCGCGGAGACACCCGGGCCCCUGCCACGGCCGAUGGCUCCAAAGGAAGCCGCCCUCUGGCCCAGGGUCCUCGGGAGGAGGUGCGCGCUGCGCGGACUGGGGGCUCGGCCGCCGAGGAGCUCCGUCUGCCCAGCACCUCGUUCGCGCUGACCGGGGACUCGGCCCACAAUCAAGCCAUGGUGCACUGGUUCGGGCACAACAGCAGCGUCAUUCUGAUCCUGACGAAGCUGUACGACUUCAACCUGGGAAGCGUGACUGAGAGCUCUCUGUGGAGGUCAACAGAUUACGGCACCACCUAUGAAAAGCUGAAUGACAAAGUGGGUUUGAAGACUGUUCUCAGUUACCUCUACGUCAAUCCCACCAACCAAAGGAAGAUCAUGCUUCUUAGUGAUCCUGAGAUGGAGAGCAGCAUAUUGAUCAGCUCAGAUGAAGGAGCAACCUAUCAAAAGUAUCGGCUUACCUUCUACAUCCAGAGCCUACUCUUUCAUCCCAAGCAAGAGGACUGGGUGCUGGCAUACAGUUUGGAUCAAAAGCUCUACAGCUCCAUGGACUUUGGAAGACGGUGGCAACUCAUGCAUGAACGCAUCACGCCUAACAGGUUUUACUGGUCGGUGGCUGGACUGGACAAGGAGGCAGACCUGGUGCACAUGGAGGUGCGCACCGCGGAUGGAUACGCUCACUACCUCACCUGCAGGAUCCAGGAGUGUGCCGAGACAACUCGGAGUGGCCCCUUUGCCCGCUCCAUUGACGUCAGCUCUCUGGUUGUCCAGGAUGAAUAUAUCUUCAUUCAGGUCACAACAGGUGGAAGAGCCAGCUACUACGUGUCCUAUCGGAGAGAGGCCUUUGCUCAGAUAAAGCUGCCCAAGUACUCCUUGCCGAAGGACAUGCACAUCAUCAGCACAGAUGAGAACCAAGUGUUCGCGGCCGUCCAAGAGUGGAACCAGAACGACACCUACAACCUCUACAUCUCAGACACACGAGGGAUCUACUUCACGCUGGCCAUGGAGAACAUUAAGAGCAGCCGAGGUCAAAUGGGAAACGUCAUCAUUGAGCUGUAUGAGGUAGCAGGUAUCAAAGGGAUAUUCCUGGCAAACAAGAAGGUGGAUGAGCAGGUGAAGACAUACAUCACGUACAACAAAGGCAGGGACUGGCGCCUGCUGCAAGCUCCAGAUGUGGACCUGAGAGGAAGUCCAGUCCACUGCCUGCUGCCCUUCUGCUCUUUACACCUGCACCUACAGCUUUCUGAAAACCCAUAUUCUUCAGGAAGGAUCUCCAGCAAGGAGUCAGCCCCAGGACUUGUGGUGGCCACAGGCAACAUUGGUCCGGAGCUCUCCGAUACUGAUUUUGGUGUGUUCAUCUCCUCUGAUGGUGGAAACACAUGGAGACAGAUCUUUGAUGAAGAGUACAAUGUCUGGUUCCUAGACUGGGGUGGCGCCCUGGUAGCCAUGAAACAGAGACCUCUGCCUGUAAGGCAUUUGUGGGUGAGUUUUGAUGAGGGCCGCUCCUGGGACAAGUAUGGUUUCACUCUGCAUCCGCUCUUCGUGGACGGGGCGCUGGUGGAGGCUGGAUUGGACACCCACAUCAUGACAGUUUUUGGCCACUUCAGCCUCCGCUCCGAAUGGCAGUUGGUGAAAGUGGACUACAAAUCCAUCUUUAGCCGGCGCUGCACCAAGGAGGACUAUCAGACAUGGCACCUGCUCAAUCAGGGAGAACCUUGUGUUAUGGGAGAAAGGAAAAUAUUCAAGAAACGGAAGCCGGGAGCUCAGUGUGCCCUGGGCCGUGACUACUCAGGGUCCGUGGUCUCAGAACCCUGUGUCUGUGCUGACUGGGACUUCGAGUGCGACUAUGGCUAUGAGAGACAUGGAGAGAGCCAGUGUGUUCCUGCAUUCUGGUAUAAUCCAGCAUCCCCCUCAAAGGACUGCAGCCUUGGGCAAAGUUACCUUAACAGCACUGGGUACCGGAGAAUUGUGUCCAACAACUGCACAAAUGGACUAAGAGACAAGUAUUCUGCCAAGGCCCAGAUGUGUCCUGGAAAAGCCCCUCGGGGCCUCCACGUGGUGACAAAUGAUGGGCGCCUGGUGGCAGAGCAGGGACACAAUGCAACCUUCAUCAUCCUCAUGGAGGAGGGUGAUCUCCAGAGGACAAAUAUCCAGCUUGACUUUGGGGAUGGGAUUGCUGUGUCCUAUGCUAACUUCAGCCCCAUCGAGGAUGGCAUCAAGCAUGUCUAUAAGAGUGCAGGGAUCUUCCAGGUGACAGCCUAUGCAGAGAACAACCUUGGUUCGGAUACCGCUGUCCUUUUCCUGCAUGUGGUUUGUCCCGUGGAGCAUGUUCAUCUCCGAGUUCCAUUUGUCGCCAUCAGAAAUAAAGAGGUCAACAUCAGUGCAGUUGUGUGGCCGAGUCAGCUGGGAACCCUCACCUACUUCUGGUGGUUUGGCAACAGCACCAAGCCCCUCAUCACCCUGGACAGCAGCAUUUCCUUCACGUUCCUGGAGGAGGGAACCAGCACCAUCACGGUCCAGGUGGCUGCUGGGAACGCCCUCAUCCAGGACACAAAAGACAUUGCAGUUCAUGAAUACUUCCAGUCUCAGCUCUUAUCCUUCUCUCCCAACCUGGAUUACCACAAUCCUGACAUUCCUGAGUGGAGGCAGGAUAUUGGCAACGUCAUCAAGAGAGCUCUGGUUAAAGUCACCAGUGUCCCAGAAGAGCAGAUCCUUGUCGCCGUGUUCCCUGGCCUCCCCACCUCUGCGGAGCUUUUCAUCCUUCCACCCAAGAAUUUGACGGAGAGGAGGAAAGGCCACGAGGGGGAUCUGGAACAGAUUGUAGAGACUUUGUUCAAUGCUCUGAAUCAGAACUUGGUCCAGUUUGAGCUGAAGCCAGGCGUCCAGGUCAUUGUGUAUGUCACACAGCUGACAUUAGCCCCGCUGGUGGACACUAGUGCUGGACACAGCAGCUCAGCCAUGCUUAUGCUCCUGUCCGUGGUGUUCGUUGGCCUGGCUGUAUUUCUGAUCUACAAGUUUAAAAGGAAAAUUCCCUGGAUUAACAUCUAUGCUCAAGUUCAACACGACAAGGAGCAGGAGAUGAUCGGGUCAGUGAGCCAAAGUGAAAACGCCCCCAAAAUUACUCUCAGUGACUUCACCGAGCCUGAAGAACUGAUGGACAAAGAGCUGGACACCAGAGUCAUAGGAGGCAUUGCCACCAUUGCAAACAGCGAAAGCACAAAGGAGAUCCCCAACUGUACGAGUGUUUAACACCCACCGGCCACGUGUUCAGCCACCUUUCUGACAUUUUAUUUUUGAUGACUUUAUUAUUAUUAUUAUUAUGGAAAAUUGAAAAUGUCUUUUUUACCUUUUGUUUACCAAGGGCCCCCCCCCUUAUAAAUAGCAGGCAGAUACUUAAAUUUGGGGAAAAGGGGCAGUCUUAGGUGAUGAAAAUGAGUCAAAAGGAAUAAAUGACUAUAUCCGUGCUAGGGGCAAAGGAUGCAUCUUCCCACAGCCUCCUUACUUUACUCAGCCAUUGGGAGUGCGGAGACUCCCCUUCUCUCUCUCUCUCAUUUUAAAUUGGAAGUUGGGUUGGUAUUUUGUUAAGUCCUAACUCCUAGGCUCCCACCCAAAUCACCAUCACUCCCUUGACCCGCCCCCAGCACAUACGUAAACAAUACGCACCGUUUCCCAGGUAGAGCUGCAAGAGGUAGGUUGGUGGGGUAUGGACAGGGCUGCAGAGAGUGUGCACACCUUUGUGAAAGAGGCCCUGCCUCGUGCAUGUCAAUAGUGAGGCUGCAGAUGGCUUAUUGUAAAUAAUGACAAUGUAAAUAGCUUUUUAUUUCCUAAGAAAUAAUUUAAUGUUUAGUAAAAAAGAAAACAGAAAAAAGAAUGAUGCGUGUGGUGGCUUUCGCACUCACCCUCCAAGUUGACCCACCCUGCUGACCCAGGCCUGUUUGAUGCGUUGGACUCUGGAUACUUGCCAGCUGUCUGUCACAUUUAACUACCCCAUCUCCACAUCCACGCCAUAGCUGGUUUCUGCUAAGUAUAUAAUGGGAGGUGCGGGGAGAGGGCUUCAUUGGGGCAGUUGGUGCAGAAAGGACUUCACUGACAUCAGAGGACCUGGGAGCCAUUUUUUUUUCAACAGUUGCAGUUGCAUGCAGGAAGUUGCAAGAUGAGGCCCAGAACUGAAUGUUUUAAACUGCAACCCAGAGGGGGUGGUGCAGCUUCUGCCCUAAGACGAGAACUUGAGAAUAUUAGACUGAAAUUUUUUUUUAACUCUAAAAAUCCAGGCAGUGGAUCUAAAGCUGUUGAAAUGUGAAAUGCUCAUGGCAAACUAUGGUCUUUCCUGAGCUCAGGUCCUUCGGGCACAAGGUUCAGUCCAGGCGGUGUCUGUUAGCAUGAGAAGCAUUAGAGAGGUCCAAGGAAGGUGGCAUUUGUGGAAUCUCAAGUCUACACAAACCCUUUAGGCCAAAGGGAGGUCUAGCCUUUCCUGAUAUUAGUCAAAGACAAUUUUAGCAAAGCUGUGCUAUUUGCCUGUCAGAUGUACACAACUUCCUUAAAGUCAAAUGUCUGCCUUCAGUUCCCUUAAGGUAGUUAUUGCCCCUGGAGUGAGUAGCUUUCCAAGCUGAUACUUGCUUUGCUGGGCCCUCAGCCCUUUCACAUAUUUAGCAUACCAGUUCUUUUCCAUAGAGAUACUUAAGCCCACGCAGUGAUCUUUGUUUCUAUUUUUAUUUUUAGGGUCCACCUGAUCACACUUGUUUUAAAGAAUGGUAUCAUAUAUAUAUUAUAUAUGGAAAGGCCACAUUUUGUACCUGCUAAUUUCUGUGGGAUGUCACUGGCAUUCCUCUUCAUGAGACCAAGGGAGCACGUGACAGAGAGAGACCUGGCUAGGUACAGCACAGCUCAGUGUGAAAAGUAUCUCUACAGACCCCGCUUUUUUGUUUCAAGGGUUAAAUGGAGCAGACAAUUGCAAUACUUGUACUAAACACUGGAAUACAAAUGCAUGAGUCAUAUCUAUAUAUACAGUAUAUGUACAUAUACUGUUCUUGGUUUUAUUGUUCCAUUUGAAUAUUUCUACUGUAAAAAAGACAGUGGUUUUGAAAUUGUUGAAAAUAAAUGUAUUUUUGUA